CUUGUUCGACUCUACAGAUUUAUCGAGCAAAAAGGAGAGCUGCAAGAUAUAUCCCCGUUGUUGAAUACUAUGGUGAAGCAAAAGACAGGAGUUGCCUCAUUGGUGAAACUUGGCAUGAAAGAACUGGAGGAAACAGUGGGUCUGUUAAAAAAAUUUGGCAUAAAAUUCCAGAUAUCCAUAAAUUUGGGCUUGGUUUAUAAAAUACAGCAGCACAAUGGAAUUAUUUUUCAGUUUAUUGCAUACAUUAAACGGAGACAAAGAACAGUUACUGACAUUCUUGCUGCUGGAGGUAGAUAUGAUCAUAUGAUUUCACAAUUCAGAGGCCCAGAUGCAGUUGGUCUGAUUCCUUCAGCUGUUGGAGUCAGCAUUGCUGUAGACAGAAUAAGUUCCACAGUUUUGAAUAUGGAAGAGCCAUUUACAGUGAGCUCUUGUGAUUUGUUAGUUGUUAGUGUUGGCCAGAAGUCAAUGGAAAGAGCCAUAAAUGUUGUUCAGAAGCUCUGGGCUGCAGGAAUUGCAGCUGAAAUUAUGUAUGACUGGUCCCAGUCCCAGGAAGAAUUACAGGAGUAUUGCAGAUGUUCUGGAAUCACCUAUGUGGCCCUCAUUUAUGAUAAAGAAGGAAAUCAUGUAAAGGUAAAAUCAUUUGAAAGGGAAAGGCAGACAGAAAAAAGAAUCUUGGAGUCUGAUGUAGUAGAUCAUCUGGCCCAGAAACUGAGGACCAAAUUCUAUGACGAAAGAAAUAGCAGAGAAAUUUCUGAUAAUGUUACAACCCAAAAUCUAAAAGGAUCGCUUUCCAGUAAUUCAGGUUUGUCUGAAUCACAUGGAACGGUGAUAAUACCAAAUGUGUGCAUUAUUCCACCAGAAAAGUUGUCAGCAAGUGUCAAACGACGUUACGAAGCUCAGGUACAAACCAAACUCCAAGCUUGCUUUACUAAUUUCCCGCUGAAGCUGAGUGAAGUUGAAAUUUUAGCAGUUGAUCUACCAAAGGAAACUAUAAUACACUUCUUAUCAUUAGAGUUUGAUGACCAAGCUUUCUAUACAACUGUGAAACAAUUGAUGUCUCGAUUGCCGAAGCAAAGAUACAUUAAACAAGUUUGUGAUGAAAUCUAUACCAUCAAAAUCGAAAAAAAAGUGCCUGUCCUUGUUCUCUACAGUUACAAAGAUGACUACUACAAAUUCCUGUUUUAGUUAUAAGUCAGGAUUAAAGU